AGCUCCACGCAGAUACAGAGGUACAUCCAGAGAGUCACUGCUGACUACAGACCCACAAAAACAGAGGCAACAUGAAAGCUGUCACAGCCUUCUUUCUGGUGCUGUGUUACCUGGCUGUCAAUCAUGCCUGGAACUGCAAAGAGUCUCCACGGCUGAAUAAUGCCUUGCAGAUUGAUGCUGGGCAGGGAAAAGUGGUCGCAAUAGACAGGAGCUACUACAUGUAUUUCCUGAUGGGAUCACGUUGGUACAGAAUGAGCACACUCAAAUUCAAGCAUGCCACAGUCGGACCUGCAGGACUGUGGGCAGCUAGUACCAGGAACAGGGUCUACAAAUCCGUAGGUGGCCAACUUCGACCAGCUAGUGGUCUGAGUAUGCAGCAAUUGGAUGCUGGAGGUGAUGAUCAGGUUGUGGGAGUUGCUAGUAACAGCCGUACCUACUGUCUGACAAGGUCCCGAGCCUCAUCCUAUUAUGGAGUGGGCACUCUGAGCUGGUCUUACCUGUCAAGGGUUUUGAGGUACUACAGCUGUGGCCUAAAUUACGGAUGCUGGGGAGUCGACUCAAGCUAUCGGGUCAUGGUCACACAGGUAAUGAACCCAGCCUCCUGUGCCGCCACUAGGUGGGCAUACGUGUCAGGGCCAAAAAUGAGAAUGGUUGAAGUGGGGACUUAUGGAAGGGUUUUUGCAGUGUCUAUAACUGGCUUGCUCUACGAAAGAGUGGGGAUCAGCAGUUCUCGCCGAAUGGGCACAGCAUGGAGGCAGGUCCCAAUGUGUUCAACAGUCCGCCACGUGUCCUAUGACCUGCGCCAACUUUGGGUCGUGACCAACUCUGGCUUGAUCAUGAGGUGCACACACUAAUGCUACCUGUAGCAGGUGCUCAGUGCACAAUCUCUUUGUUAUGAAGAUUUAAUCUCUUUCAGUGCUGUUUUGGCUGUCAUCUCUAUAAUGUUCUAUAAUAAUGUUCCUUUCUUCAGAUUCUUCAGUGUACAGUACACAAUCAAUUAAUAAUUGGCAGUUUUUUCUCUAUGUAAAAGAUAUUCAUUCAUCUCAUUGUUAUUAGGCUACUACUUUGAUAAUAGUGAGAAUUAAUGCUGGAAGAAAUUAUUGAUACUUAAUUGGCACUUCAUUGUAACACUGUCUGAAAUUAAUCAGCAUCAAUGUGCAACACUAAUAAGAAUGUAAAAUUAUUACUUUUUAUUUCCUUCUGUGUUAA